CGGGGGAUGAAGUGACCGGGGGAUGAAGUGACUGUCGGUGCGUAGAUUAUGGCAUUCUAGCACCAAUGUGUAUUACGUGCACUAUUUGUGAACGCACUUUCUUUUUGUUGCCUUGCUUGUAAGUUGAUGGAGUGGUUUUUGUUCUGCUGGUGUAACGUUUGUUGAGAUUCUUCUGUGUUCCCCUGUUUAGGGGAGUUAGUUUGGGAUUGGAAGUCUACGCUGGUGACUAAAGACAGCAGUGUGUUGUGUUGUGGUUUCGAACAUUAAUGUGUACGUUGUGGGACAGCAAGGUGUAGAAUUAUUAUUUAAUUAGUAAAUUCACAGUAUUAAAAUGUUCCUAAUGCAAUGUCAUUACACCAUUAGUUUGUCAUCAUACUUAUAUGUAUAUCAUUAAAUAUUUACAUUGUUACCAGUGAGUCAUUUAUUUAUUGUAAGCACGAAGGUGCCUGGUUGAAUGUCAGGGGCCCGGGCAAACGAGCUAAGGCCUUAACUUAUCCCUGACAGUUGGGGGCUCGAGUCCGGCUGUGACUACCAGUCACAGAACUAUAAUUUCAAUCAUUAUAUAAGUUUUAGUUACUUGAUUAUGUAGCAUCAGUGUCUACAAUCUAAUAAUUGUUUACAUAGUAUUGCAUCACAAUCUACUGUACUAAUAUUGAAUUGUGUACCAUUGGCAACGAUGUAUAUCGAAAGUAGCAGAUAAAUACAUCCUUUGUGAUAUAAGUGAUAUAACUAUAUAACUAUACUGUACUAUAUACUAUAUAACUAUUGUAUUGCAAGUUUGAAACGCAUUUGUAUUUUCUUGUUUUCUAUAUUGUGCUUCACCUUCGAACGAGUGUAUUCUCGCUCCCGGCAACAAGCGAACGUGAGUGUAAAGUGGCUGUUGGUAACUACUGAAGUCUGAGGCUACUAGUAUUGUGUUGGAUUGUCCUGUGGCAACUAUAUUUCGACGCUGUGGCCUGAGUGAGGCACUUUCCUCCGACGUGGGAUACUGCACAGAUAGGUUUCUUUCUUUGCCAUUUAACCGCAGGCUCUAGGCUUUAGUUGAUCUCUUGUACAAUUAGUAGAAUUUUUUAGGUUCCCAUAUUGUAUAUAAUUUAAAUAUAAUCCAGCCAAGUAGUGUACAUUAUAUUUACCAUGGAAACUAGGCUGACAAUUACUGCCCAGUUUAUAAGUGAUGGUCGUUCUCUGGGGUACGAAGGUGAAAGGUUAGAGAGGUAUGUGGCUGAGCAGAAAGAAGACUAUGAAAAAUCUAAGAAAGAGGAGUUUGAACGAGAAAAGGCUAGAUUUGAGAGAGAGGAAAGAUUGAAAGCAGAGGCGAAGGCAGAGGAGAAAGCCAGAUUUGAACGUGAGGAUAAGGCCAAGCGUGAGGGACACGAGAGGUGGAAAGAAAGAGAUGCCAGGGAGGAACUCAAGAGGAAAGAGGAGAUGGAACUAGAAAGAAUGAAGGAAAAGUCAGCAACAGCGGCUGGGACGGCAACACAGGCAGAGGUGCGGCCUAGAAAUGUUUUAGAUAAACUUGACAAGAGCUUCCAGGGAAUGAAGGAAGACAAUGACCUGAUGGCAUAUUUAACACAUUUUGAGGCCGUCGCAACAAGAUGCAAGAUUGAUAGAAAGGAAUGGUCAUUGCUCCUGUCCUAUAAACUAACUACCUUUCUAAGAAACUGUAUGCUGCGUGACAGUCUGUUUUUGAAUGAAAAUUAUGAGGAAGUGAGGGCCGUAUUACUCCGACAUUUGGAUAUAAACGCGGAAACCUGCCGCAAGAGGUUCCACCGGGUAAAACCACGACAGAACGAUUUUAGGGGUUUUGUCACAGAGCUGCGAAAUGCGUUGGACAAUUGGUUGAAAAUGGCUGAAGUAGGCAAGACUGUGGAAGAAGUGAAAGAGUUGCUGGUGAAAGAUAGAAUACUUGAGAAUGUGUCUGGAGAUGUGUACAAGCAACUGAUAAUAAGUAAGAAAGGCACAGUUGAUGAUAUGAUUGAUGUUAUUGAAGGGUUUAAGACUGAUGCCUCAGACAAAGGGAUCUCUGGCAUUCUUAGCCAGUGUGUGAAUGGUAUGUUGCAUCCUAUAAAAUUUGUGAGCCGUAGGUUGUUGCCUUGGGAGCAGAAGUAUUUUACCAUUGAACCUGAAGGAGUGGCCAUUGUAUAUUCAAUAGAAAAAGGGACAGUUAUUGGCCGGGAAAAAAAUUUAAUCUCCAGACUGACCACAAGGCUUUAUCUUACCUUAGGAGCACUAACUUUACCAAUGCACGUAUUACAAGAUGGGCGCUGA